AUGAGCUUCAAAGGCAAAGUAGUGAUUGUGACUGGCGCCAGUUCCGGUAUUGGAGCUGCCACUGCCAUAAAGUUUGCAGAACAAGGAGCAAGAGUAUCGAUAGUGGGCAGGAAUCAAAAAAAGCUGAGCAAUGUAGCGAAGCAGUGCGGCAGUCCCUUAAUUAUCGCUGCCGACGUAUCUAAGGAUGAAGACGCCAAAAGAAUUAUUGAUGAAACCGUAAAACGUUUUGGGAAGAUCGAUAUUUUAGUGAACAAUGCUGGUAUAGGCAAAACUACAAAUAUACUAGAUGAAGGUGUAAUAAAGGGUUACGAUGAAAUACUAUCUACAAAUUUGCGCGCCGUAGUUGUCCUAACGCACUUUGCUGCACCGCAUCUAGUAAAAACAAAAGGUAACAUUGUGAACAUAUCAAGCGUUGCUGCUUACCGAUUGAUUCCUGGAUUUUCUGCAUAUUGUACAUCAAAGGCUGGUCUAGAUCAUUUCACUAGAGCUGUGGCACUUGAAUUAGCUCCUCACGGCGUGCGCGUCAACGUGAUCAAUCCUGGUCCAGUGAAAACAGAUAUUGUUGAAAAUAUGGGAUCAACUAAGGAAGAGGCGGAAGCGGCUUACAACCGUAUGCCAAACAUGACUGCACUUGCAAGAAUUUCGGAUUCUGAGGAGGUGGCUCAUCUUAUUUUGUUCGUAGCUAGUGACAAAUCCAAGGCCAUCACAGGAUCAUCAAUUGUUACUGAUAAUGGAAUGAUGUUAAAAAGCAAUGUCACGUCCCCUUUAGAUAUUUAA